AUGUCCUACUCAAAUCAAUUGCAGACGAACAUCACUGUUGGACUGCAGUAUCAGGUGUCACUGGGAUUAUUGUUGUCUUCCAUGCUGACUACACUGUCAUGUUGUGUGUUUCUCUUCAUUAAUGUGACCUUGUUAUUCACCUUGAGGAGUAAACCAGUGUUUUGUGAGACCUCUCGUUACAUUCUGCUGUUUAACCUCCUCCUUGCAGAUACCAUGCAGAUUGCAGAGGGUCAGUUAAUGUACAUAAUUGCUGCUUGUAGAAUAAUGCUGUCGUAUCCUGUGUGUGGUGUUCUAAUUAUGCUCGUCAAUGUUGUGAGUGAUAUUUCUCCUCUCACACUGGUGGUGAUGUGUCUGGAGAGAUUUGUAGCUGUGUGUUACCCACUGAGGCACGCUGCCAUCAUCACCGUCAGAAACACAGGGGUGGCUGUUUGUGUUGUUUGGGCCUUCAGUUUACUAAAUGUUUUCAUUCAAGUUCUCCUAAUGUUAAAAUUUCCAUUUGCAGAGCUGGAGAGUCUGCAGAUGGACGAUUUUUGUGGCAAAGACAACAUGAUGUUUGAUCCAGUAGCUGCUGAUUAUGACAAUGCCUACAAUUGUUUUCUGUUUGUAUCAGUUGGUGUGGCAAUCGUUUUCUCCUAUAUUGGUGUGAUGAUAGCAGCCAGGUCGGCCUCCACAGACAAAGCUUCAGCCCGUAAGGCUCGUAACACACUGCUGCUGCAUCUGGUGCAGCUGGGCCUCAGUCUCUCCUCAACUGUGUACAAUCCCUUGCUUUUCUUUAUCUCCAAAUACGACAGUGUCAUACUUUCGCGCAUCCACACUGUUAUUUAUGUGUGUUUUAUCAUCCUUCCCAGAUGUCUGAGUGCUCUCAUCUAUGGUCUCAGAGACCAGACCAUCAGACCCGUCCUCAUGUACAAUCUCUGCUGUCAGAGAUUCUCACCUUUGCAUUUAGUCGUCCAAACCAAGUCUAAAAUCGGCAAACUUGUCACUUAA